GAUUAACAGGCACAAUUUUUUGGCAGUGGGCACAGUGGGUUGAGAGGGUGGAAAGCAAGUAAAUAAUCGAGCGAUAGGCAGAGAGGACUGGACAGGAGAGAGAGAACAGGGUGGCUGGAGAGAAGAGGGGGAGGAAGACUCGUGUCCAUUCUGAGUGAAGGUGCUACGGUUGAAAAUCUACAGUCGGAAUUGACACAUCUCGCCACGCACUGGGACAGCCUGCAGUCAAAGCGUCGGACUUUGAUGAUGCCGCGGAGAUAUAGGAAGAUACAGAAAUAAACCUGGCCUAGUGCUCUUGUUCCUUCAUUCUUAAAGCAACUCCCUUCCCUGUCUCUCUCUCUCUCUCUCUUUCUGCCUUUCUAACCCUCUGUCUCUUAUGGCUGCCUCUGCCUCGUCUCUGGAGGACGACUUGACGUGCAGCGUGUGCUGCGACAUCUUCCGGGGGCCCGUGCUGCUGGCCUGUGGCCACAGCUUCUGCCGCGAGUGCCUGAACGCAAGCUGGAGGUCCAGCCCGGGCCGCCGCUGCCCCAUCUGCCGCUGCUCCUCGCCCCAGGAGCCCCUCCUCAACAUCAGCCUCAGGAGCACCUGCGAGUCCUUCCGGCAACAGCAGCAGCAGCAGCAACAGCAGCAGAGAGAUGCCGAGGCCCAGAGAAGGAGGAAGAAAGAGGAGGAGGAGGAAGAGCAAAGGGUCUGGCUGUGUUCGUUGCACACCCAGAGGCUGGCGUUCUUCUGUGAGACGGAAGAGCAGCCUGUGUGCUCACAGUGUAAGAACAACGGACACAGGGGCCACCGCGUAGUAUCUGUGCAGAAAGCACUGAAGGAACGCAAGGCAAAACUGUCAACAGCAAUGAGACCACUAAAACAGACACUGCAUUUGCUCAAAAACGGCACCAUUCUAAACUCCAAUAACAUGAAGGAUGCUAAGAGCCAAAUUGAGGACACAGAGAGGAAGAUGAAGAAAGACUUUGAGGAGCUCCAUAAGUUCCUAGUGGACGAGGAGGCAGACAGACUGAGCGCGUUCAGACAGGAGGCGGAAUCCUGCUGCAGCAUCUGGAAGGCCAAGACUGACGAACAGAUUAGCAACCUCUCACGGAAACUGAAAGACCUGGAGGAAAAGAUGGAGAAAAAAGAUGCCAUCAGAUUCCUGCAGGACUUCAACUCUUUCCUAUUACAAGCACAGACCUCCGAGUCUGACCUACCAGCGUUUCCAGGCUUGCCAGCUCCAGCAACAUUGAAUAUCAACGUCGCCAAGCACGUGGGGAAUCUGAAAUUCAGAGUCUGGGAGAAAAUGAAGGGGAGAGCACCAUACUAUCCGGUGACCCUGGACCCAAAUGCAGACCUCCGCUUCCUGACUCUGUCAGAUGACCUGACCAGUGUCAGCAGGGUGGACAGCGAGUGGCCUCUCUUCUCAGUGCCGGGGUCAGAGGGCAUCACUGACGACAACUUCCACUCCUGGGACAUCAACGUGGGAGAUGAGAAUGCAGAGUGGAUGCUGGGACUGAUGACCUACCGAAUGAUCCUCAGACACUUUUUUAGUCGUCCAGACGGAUGUUUCUAUGCCGUUCAGAAAUCAGGUGUUGGGUACCAGUUCCUGUCCCAGUCCCUGUUCACCUCCACGACUACUCUACACUUGACCAGGAGACCCCGUGUGGUGCGGGUGCAGCUGUGGCGACCUCUGACCCUGAAGGAUCCACCCACCCGAAGCGUGAGGUUUCUGGAUGCUCUGGACGGCACAGAGAUUCACACGUACGACGACGUCCCGUGCCAGGUGCCAGUCUACCCGUUCCUCCUCCCCACAAAGAGGCCGUCCGAGCUCAGGCUGAUGCCCGCGGAGGUGACCGUGACUGUAAAAGAGGAGGCCAGCUUCAUGCAGAAACAUGCCACCACAUGCAGGACCUCUGCCACCACAUUCAUGACCUCUGCCACCACAUUCAUAACUUUUAUUAAGAAUUUCUUUAUGUUUGUCUUCUUUGUCAUCCUCUUCCUCUUUAUUUGGAUUAUUAUUCAUAUUCACACUCGCUAGCUCAGUUCAUACAGAUCAAAUGAUGUUUGCUUUAUAGUUCAGUUAUAGUUAUAGUUUGAUGAGGUUUAACCGAUUAUAUUAUUUUUUUUAAGUAUAUUUUUUUGAUAGAUAGAUAGAUA